CAACUUGGCUGAGUUCAAGCGGCUGUUUACCAGCUUCCUCGUUAUUUCAUGAUAGUGUACAAUAACGUUAUUAGUGUACAAUAACGUGAUAGUGUAUAAAAAUAUAUACUAUUACUAAAAGAUCACUGGAUAUACCGGCUUGACAUUGCAAUUAUUGAAAUAAGAAAAUAAAUGUGUAGUUUACAUGAUAUUUGAAUUUUUGGUCAGCUAUGGAUAAAUAUGAUAAUUAAUUGAAGUGAAAUAAGUGUCAUAUUGUUAAAUUAAGUAUGUUUAGUAAUAAAAAAAAUAAUUUACCGCCAAGGCCUCCCAUUCCUAACUCUGAACAUGUAUUGGAAGAUCUAAACAAUGCUGCUAUAGAUGAUGUAGCAUUCAAAAUAAUAAAUAAAGGUUUUAUUAUUUAUAUAUUCAUUGUCAACACAAUCAUUAAAGUGAUAUUAGGAAAAUAUGAAAUCAUUGGAGAAAACCAAACAAAUGCAAACAUUUCUGAUACGUAUCAGAAAAUGAAAAUGUACUUAAAUACAAAACAACGAUUACAACAUUUAGAAACUAUGCUUGAAAGCAAAGAACAACAAUUGCAAAUAGACAAUACUGAAAUAAGAAGACUUGCAGAUGAUAUUAGAAAACAAGCACAGGCUGCUCUGAUAACAUGAAUUUGUUAUAUUUGUUGAUUAUUUCUUGCAAAGGAAACAUAUAAACAUACAAAGUAUUUAUUUCUAAUUUAGUACUAAUUUAAUCAUUAGUAUAACAAAAUACAAUUUAUUUGUUUAUA